GAUUUGGGAUACUACACAGUGGUGCACCGUACAAUAUCGCAUACUGAGACAGGUGAGCUGCUUCCGGUAGCAGCAUCCGCAUUUGGACCCUGGACAUCCACCGACUGUGUGCUGUGCAUCGAAGCCAGUCGCGAGAAUGAGCAACCGGAAAACGAACCCUCUCCUGUAGUGUUUUCUUCGUUUGCGAUGGCUUGGGGGAAAAUCUGACAGAUUUUUUUUCCUCUAGUCACGGAGAGCAUGAUCCUGUUAUCAACUGGAGCAUAAAGAUGUACGCCCCGGGUGGUCGUCGAAAGCGAUGAUUUACCGCAGCAUCGAACCCAUUUGUUUGAUUGGGUGCCAUCGCAUACCGUGUCUGUUCGCCAUCCGCCCGUUCCGUUACGUCUAGUCCGACCGGAGGUCAUUUGCAUGAGAAUAGGAUCGUCCAAUAUGUGAUAAGCAGGAGGCAGAAUUAACUAAGUUGUUAGUUGAAAACAAGCUCAUGUAACUUUAUCAGGCGGGUGUGAGUUUGCGAAAAAAGAAGAGAAAAACAAACCAGCAGUGAUGGUGAGUCAUAAACUGGGAUGAGUUUGCCGGCUUUGUAUGGCUCGUUUAAUAGAGUGACAAUAUUACUCCGUUCAGUGACCGUAAACAUUUGAUUGGGCGGUACUAGCGUUUUGAAUUGCAUUCCAAUUAAAGGAUACACUACGAACCGCAUUGUGUCUGUAUUGAGCGGAUUCGCUAUUUUUUUCGAAGAAGGGAGGUAUUGUUUCUCCAUUGGAAUAAGCUACUGUUGUAUCGGUAGUAAACAUCAAGAAUGCCGUUCAGCGACUAUGUGAUUAUUAAGACUAAAUCGUAUAUAAUAAGAAUGAAUCGGGAGGAGAACCUAUGCUGGUUCCAUGGAAAGAUCUCACGCGAAAGGGCAGAGGAGAUACUCAGACAAGAGGGUGGCGAUGGUGUGUUUAUGGUACGUGAAAGCACCUCCUCGGAGGGUGAUUUUGUACUGUCGGUGCUAUUCCAGGAUGAGGUGGUACACUACCAGAUCCGUCGUCACGGGGAUGAUGCAUUUUUCUCCAUCGAUGACCACACGCCUAUCCACGGUCUGGAUUCGUUGAUCGAACAUUACAGGGAAUCGUCCAACGGGUUGGUAACGAGGUUGCAAGCGAUUUGCCGUAAUGAUCCUCCGCCCCAUGAGCUGCGCAGUCACGGCACAACGAAUCUUCUGCACAGGGCGACCAAAGAAAGUAAUUACACAAUCGUGUCGGAACUGUUGAAGUGUGGGUACAGAAACAUUGAUUCUAAAAAUCAAGACGGCCAAACGGCCGUACAUUUGGCGUGUUUGUAUGCGGAUGCUAGGAUUCUGGAGAAACUAAUAGAGAGGGGCUCAAAUAUCAACAACAGGGAUGCGCAAGGGAACACUCCCUUACAUUAUGCCUGUCGCAAGCAAAGUGGUCAGGAGAUGGUUCGACUUUUGAUAAAAGCCGGCGCUAAUCCACAAGCUCGAAACAAGGAAACAGGAUGGGUACCAUUGCAUGAAGCUGCAGCAAAUGGAAAUCUCGAAAACAUUAGAGAACUGUUAGCAGAUCGUGUUCCUCAUAUGCCCCGCACCAGUUUUGGAGAACUACCAUCAGAUUUGGCCAAAGAAAACGGUCAUUUCGCGUUGGUGGAGUUUUUCAGCAGUUAUGAGCCACCUCCUCCAAACACACACAAAGGACACUGGUAUCACGGCACCCUCGAUCGGCAAGUGGCGGUGGAAAGUUUGAGGGAACACGUGAAAAAAUUAUCGCUAGUGAGCACAGGAAAAGAAAACAAAGAGAAUGAAAAUGGUGAAACUGAUCAGCAACAAGACGCAUCUGGAGUUUAUUUAGUGCGUUAUUCGGCCAAACACGGUGUUGAUGUGUUGACACUGCUUUUCAAUGGCGAAGCAAAGCAUUUCAUCAUACAGCGAAAGCAAAACUAUCUCUAUAUAGACGAUGGUCCAUACAUGAUAUCGUUGGAGCACUUGAUAGAACACUAUAGUCGGUUUUCCGAUGGAUUGCAAAUUAAUCUAAAAUACUCAGUGCCUCCCAAACCGAAACCUCCAAUUCCUUUAUUUUCGACCAUACCGAAAACUAAACACAAGACGCCUACAAGCCCGGAGGCCAAUUCGCCCCCAAAUGCUCGAAGUAACCCAGCUGGUAACUUGAGUUCGUCUUUUUUCCGUAAAUCUAGUGACAAUAAUAUACCGAAGCUGCCGCAUCCCGCAGCACCGGUACGAAAUCUCUCCGUUCCGAACGACAGCAUGUUGCAACAAAUGAAUAAAGUCGGCCUGUUCGAUCGGAGUCCCGAGAGGACAUCCACGCCCAAAUCGCAGUCGAAUGCCGACGAGAACAAAUCCGUGUCAACUAAUUCUACGCUGAAGAAGAAAAAAAAUAUAAUCAUCGAUGGUAUGAAAAGCUUGAGGAAAAGUAAAAUCAAACCGAAACCUCCCGCAGAUGACUGUCAAUUGAACAGAGAAAGUCUGAUCGCUCAAAUUAGUUCUUCGAAAAUAUUACAACAACUAUCGUUCUCGUCAGAUUUCUCUCUAUCAUCAAACUCACUGAAUUCUCCCGGAGAGCUGUACAAUACGCCCAGCAACAAUUGUGCCAUCGUAGACAUUGACAUUGGCGAACCAACGAUUCCAUCCAACAACCGAAACAUUGACAAUAUCAACAACAAUGGAACUGUCAUUGGCGGUUCCACGCAAAAUACGCUAGGAACCCGACCGUCUCUUGAUACUAGCCUUGACGAAGCAACGAAACCAGUAGAUUACUUCACCGAAAGCGACAAAAACAUCUACGAUGACGAUCAGCUGGACAAUAGCAACGAGGAGAUAUACUUUAUAGACGUGCCACCCACGCUUCCUGCCCCGAAUCCUCCUCAGAUCGCGACCGUCGAUAACAAUAAUCCUCCCUCAAAGCCUGCAACCGCUACGAAUUACAUUGUCACUCGGAACGUUCCAGUUUUCAGCAGCAUGUCGGUCGAAGAAUGUACCACUCCGACGAGUCCGUCUCUGGUCCCUCCGCAAGCCGUUCGCCAGGGUGGAGCCUUCGAGCGGUUGGAUUCUACCCUGUCCACGAUGAGCCGUGACAGCAUCCAAAGCGGCGACUCUGAGUUCCUUUCCAUCAUUCAGCAGCAGCAGGAUGAAGACGAACGGCUUCACUUGCGCCUCAACCGAUCGACGUCCGCUCGACCAAACUAUUUCAUUCCCAAGGAAUACAUCGUGACCCAGAAAGUGCUCGGCAGGGGAGAGUUUGGAUAUGUGUACGCGGGCUCGCUAAUGCCGUGCCAUCUAGAGCCUGGUUCGGACAAACCGAUGUUUGGUAACCAAGAGCCAGCCGAAUGUAUUCCCAUUGCUGUGAAACAACUCGUUGAAAGCCAAGGUAAACGCAACCGAGCCGACUUUCUGCGAGAAGCAAGCGUGAUGAUUCGACUGAGGCAUCACUGCAUCGUGAAGCUGAUAGGAAUUUGCAAGGGACCACCACUUAUGAUGAUAGAGGAACUUGUGCCGCUGGGUUCAAUGUUGGAUUAUAUUAUUGCGAACAAGAGCACGCUCAAUCCGAAACAUGAACUGAUAAUCUGGGCAGCGCAGAUCGCUUGUGGAAUGCAAUAUCUCGAGCUCCAUCACUUUGUUCAUCGAGACCUGGCGGCAAGAAACAUUCUGCUGGCCUCUCGUUAUCAAGCAAAAAUAUCCGACUUUGGACUAUCACGUGCAAUUGGUGCUGGCGAUGAUUAUUACCGAGCCAGUCAGGGCGGAAAGUGGCCUAUCAAAUGGUACGCACCGGAGAGCUUCAACUACGGCACAUUUUCCCACGCGAGCGACGUAUGGUCCUUCGGUGUAACGAUGUGGGAAAUGUUCUCCCUCGGGGCACCACCCUAUCAUGACAUGAAGGGCGUUGACGUGAUCAAGCUAAUAGAGAACAAUCAACGGCUCUCCCAGCCGGAACUUUGCCCGUCCAAAGUGUUUGAAAUUAUGAACAGUUGCUGGAAUUACAAUCCAAAAAAUAGACCGACAUUUAAAUUUUUGACCCGCUUUUUCACUGACGACAUCGAAUACCAAAACCUGCAGGAGAUGGUUCAGAGCGGUAAGGAAAUUAAUGCCAAUCAGUAGGUACAAUUAGGGAAUGUUUUUUUUUCUUUUCUGUCAGUUAUAAGUUCAAAGUAUUACCAUUGUAUACAAGAUUUUAGGAUACUGGCAACUACAAACAUUACCACUUCUUUGUUCUUAUCAAUUGCAUUACCAUCGAAGGAGAUUUUUUCUUCGAGAGAACAGAAGAACCCAAACAUCUUGCCGGAUGAGAAAGAAUUAUUUCUUUCCGUACAUUGUGUUGUUCAAUUUUGAACCCAUUUCCUGAUCGUUGUGUUUUGUUUUUAAAAUAGGAUCAUAUUUAUUGUCAUGCAACACAAUGAGUUGUUGCACAACUUUUUAGAAACAACACAUACCUCCACAACACUAACACCAUUCCUUCCUUUAAGACUAGGUAUAAAGGUUUCUUCGCAAUACGUUUGUGUCAUAUUGAAGUUUAUUCGCGCCAGCAAGAAAAACAUGUGUUACAAGUUAUUUUAAAUUACUGCAAUGAGUUGAUGUGCCUUCCUCUUCUCUCUAAAUUGUGUGUUAUUUAAAGAAGAUUUAUAUUAUUUAACCUCCGGAAAUAAGAUUUCUUCGCAAGUGCUAUAUGUGUAGAAUACGUGCAAGAUUGUUUCUAGAGAAAAUAUAAGAUUUCCAAUGAUACAUUGCAGUGAAGGAAGUAAAACAUAUUGAUGGAUAUUCAUAUAAAUGUAAUAAUCAAUCAAUUAACAACAGUAAAACGUUUUGCAUUGUUUUGCACAAUCCGAACAAGUCCAACUAUAAAGACUAUAAAACUUGCGCAGUUUUUUAAAUUUUUUUAUUCAUUCAUAUUCAACGUGAUGCUCCUUUAUACCAACCAGUGCAUAAAAUACUGUAUGUCACACGAGCUACCUUAUUUCUUCUGAUAAAUUAUUUUCGUGUAUACUUGCAAAACUAUAACUAUUCGAAAAAUUGACAACAAAAUACUAUUACAUAGUUAUUAGUUAGUAACUGUGCCCGACACGGGAUACUUCCUACUGGGAUGCAGCUGACUAUUAAUCAGCAACGCCCCCUAGUCUGUACCCCAUAUCUAGCGUUGUGCGUCUUCUCGACUCGAGGAAUCCAGGAUAGAGUGGUGACUAGCCGGCACAAACAUCAGCUCGUGUAGAGUUGUCAUGAGCGGUACAACCUUUGGCUCUUGUUGAAUGAUCAGUGGACUACACAACCUUUGGCCCGUGUGUCU